CGGCAACUCUACUCCUCAUACUGAAGGACCCGCGCUGCCAGCCACAGCUCAUCAUCCUAUCUGAAGACUACUGAACUACGCAGGCAGGUUUGUGCUAUUUAGAGGGACAGGACGAACACUUACCAUGAGUGGACAGAAUAAGAAGCAAGUGAAUGGCGACAAGGCGAUGAACACAUGCGUGGACAGAAGUGCUAGAAAGAAGAGGGAACGCAUAAUUAGGAAGAAGAUUUCAUCCUUGGCUGUGCUCUGUGGAUCCCUGAAGACUCACAAAGGAAAGACACAUGCACAAGAAGACAAGAAGAAGCCAUUGUGUAGAGCUGGACACAAAGAGCACAAAAUGAACCAUGAGGAAUCAUACUGCGGCCAGCUGGAGCGUUCCAGGAAAAUGUGUGCACAGUGUGAGAUCAUAACCUGCAAGAAAUGCGACACUUUGCACGCAGAUUCUCUCUUUGUAGCACACAGCUUGCUUGAUCAUUAUGACCACAGGGGUUUCAUUUAAAAAGGUAUGUAAAGGUACUUUUUUUUUUUAAGUUUUGUAUAGAGAAGGGAAGGAUUAGACACCCUGUUAUAUAAUACUGUCCAUUUCUUCGCUGGUGGGAUUCCCUUUUUUUGUUCUGGUCAUCAUGGUCAUGGUCAUCAAGACAGAAAAUGGUGGAAAUUCAAAAUGUUAUGCCGCGUACACACGAUCAUUUUUCGGGAUGUAAAAAAUUAAGUUUUUG